AUGAGUUGGAUCAGUAGCUUUAGAUCUCUGCUGCGAGAUGAGCGCGUCAUCCUGGUUGGUAUCGGGCUCGCCAGCUUUGGCAUCGUCACCACCAUGACAGCCGCCUUGGCCAUAAUCCGCGAUGAGAACAUCAUCCCCAUCCAGCAGCCCAAGACGCGUUACAUCACCCAGGACACCGAGGACUCCCUUGGGCUUGACACGCUUGAGAGGCUUCUGGAGUACCCGAGCUACAACAUUCGCGAGGUUGCCACUCGGAUUCUCUGCGAGCGCGCCGUCAACAGCCGAGAAAUCAUGCGCCAUCUGCUCCAUGGAAUAACGCUCCCAGACUACGAUGAGAGGAUGAAGGCCCUUCGGGCAUUGGUCCUUCUCACAGGUCAGGCUACCGAUUUCGAUGGCUUGUCAAACCUGAACAACAAAUAUGCCUAUCGUGCCCUCGUCAGAUCCCUGGAGCAAAGCUUGGGUGACACGGAGCGUCCUAGACUCGACGAUCACCACUGGGAUGAGUAUUACCUCCGUGACGUGUCUGAAAGACUCUGUCUGAUGUUUGUCCUGGAGCUGGUCAACAAGUACGACGCUCGCAAGCUAAUCAAGGCUGGGUUUGUUGACAUGUGGCUGGCCAAGCAAGAUUGGGGUGAUACUCUUAAGGAGAGGCAGUACAACUUUGCUGAAUACAUGCGCUUCAAAAAUAAUCGCAUUGUCGACAUCGUCGGUCGCAUCCGAUGCUGCAACGAGGGCUUACAUGCGCUUGCUCUCGCUUCCCUUAUCUCGGAGACAGAAGUGAUUGGCUUCGGCCGGCCCGUCGUGGUUGACAUGUCGAUCCCUGCAUCGGAACAGCAAGUUCCACGGGCAAGAGAACAGUCAGUCGAGGAAGUGAGGCUUCGGCGCCAGCAUCGCGAAGCCAUGGUUCUGAACGACGGGACAAGGCCCUUUGGCCGGGAGGAUAUUAUCGAGAGAGAUCAUGACUAG